AUGAAUAUGAAAUUAAAAUCUGAUGAAGAUUUAACUGUUUUUCUUUGUCGUUUUGAUUCAUUGGUCUUACAAGCUAAAAAUGCUGGUGCUGUGCUUCAAGAUGAUGUAAUAAUAAAUUUUUUGUUAAAUUCCUUGCCAAAUGAUUAUGAAAAAAUUAAAGAAGAUAUUCUUGAUAAUACUGACAAUAUUCCCGUUUCUUUGGAUAAAGUAAAGGACAAAUUAAGAGCAAAAUUUAAUCGUCUUAAAAGUCGAAUUGUCACGUCAUCAGAGAAUCAAGCUCUUCGAGUUCGAAAUCAACGUGGUAAUUUUCGAACGGAAAAUUUUUCAAAUAUCAAUCGAAAUUGUUUCAAGUGUGGUGGUAGAGGUCAUAUUGCAAGAGUUUGUCCUAGUGGUAAUUUUUUCAACGAACAAAAUCAUAGAUCUAUUUCGAGCAACAAUCAAACAAACACACUCAGCUCUCAAGUGAAUACAAGUCAUACAGUGGCUAUGUGCCAUACAAAAAGCACGUAUGCUUAG